CGCAACACAGUGAAACCUUUGUGUAACGCUAGCUUAAGUUACAAUUGUCAAACGAUUCGUUUUAGGCGGAACACAUAUUGUCAUUAAAUUGGAACACGGUUGAAUGAUUUGUUUCCUGAACUGCGGAAUAAUUGUAUCUGCUUCUCUGGGAUCCAUCCAAGAACAUUUUGUCCUGACUGGGAGCACUACAACUGGAAGGAUUAAGAACGCUGGUGACCAAUCCUUACUAAGAGGAAGAGCGCAGCAGACAGGAGGAACUAGCUGAGGAGGAGGAGGAGGAGGAGGAGGUGAGCGAGCCAGAGCGUGGAGAUAGAUAGCAGAAAAAUGCUGCCGGGUAGAGAAGGGGAGGGAGUCGGCAGAGAGGAAAAGGAUGAAACAAGGCCGGGUCGAGCGGAGCCGAAAUGUUGGAGUGCUGCUGGUGCAAAAUGACUGUGGUAAAUGAGAAGCGUUCAAGAUCAGCAUAAUGGAUGCAGUCAUCAAGUUGAGGGCACUGAAGGCUCAGUGGUUGCCAUGUUGGGUGUGCAGACAGCGCCUCAUCUGAGAGGAAGGAGAGCUGGGCCACAGUGAUGGUCAUCUGUGUUCCGCAGGAAGCGGAACUUCGCAACUACCGGAUCACUCCCAAAACCCACAACUGCACGCCUGGAUGAAACUCUGCAGAGAGAUUCUCUUUGCACCAGUCUUUACCAUUCACACUCCCCUGUGUGUAUGUGUUUAAACGUUUUGACAAGAGAUUAAAAGUGUUGCGCUCACUAGGUGGAGGCUCUCCAUCUGGAUAAUAAUACAUUGGAUCGGAAGCGGUUUCCCAGGCAAAAUGCAGUCCGAUGACCUAUUUGUUCGUAAGUUUAGGCGGCAGAAUGUACGGCCGCCGGUCGCCACCGUCAACUUCGAUCCCAAACGGGAAGUGGGUGUGGUAGAAUGGCCACCCAGGCGGGAGGGUGAUGGGUCUAAUGGAGACAACCUGACCCCAAGUCGAGCCUGUCUGACCCUACGGGCAGUCGGCCGAGGCCACAUCAUGCAGAGGAGUAACAGUGAUGUGACUUUAGGAGACUUGGACUCUGGUGGGAAGGCUGGUGGGAAAGCAACGCGGGUGGUCUGUGAGAAGGUGGGCGUGGGGGCUCAGGGAGAGUCAGUUGUGCUGCUGCACAGAGAAUAUGGCAGUUUGUCAUCACUGGAGAGACAGACUCAAGUCCAAGAGUUAGGAACUGCGGACCAAGGGCCCCUGAGCCCUAAUGCCCUCCGCUUUAAAGACCCCUUCCUACUUUUAGGACUGCAAGGCAACCCUCCAGAGCCUGAUGGGUUCUUUCGAGGUCUGUCUUCUGCACUGGGGGACUCUCCAAAGCCUGCCAAGCCUCCCAAGCCUGAAGGACUGAUUAAAAAGUCCAAACCUGUGCCCCCUCAAAUCCCUCAGCCUGGUCCCUGUGACAACAUCGGCGCUUGGGUGAGGAACUUUGCACAUUAUGACGUCCAGAGCAUCCUGUUUGACCUCACAGAGGCGGCCUCUAACAGAGACAGUAUUGGACGCAAAAAGAACAUCACCUCUGGGGCGUCCGCCGCUUCCCAAAUGCGGCCCCUCUCUCAGGCCACGCCUUCCUCACCUGCACAAGGCGGAGGUGGCAAUGGGGGAAUUGUGGAUGACCCUGAACAGUCGUUGCUGCUGGAUGAAGGUGACGGCAACGACAACGAGCUUCUUCUCAGUUGCCCCCACUUCCGAAAUGAGACAGGGGGAGAAGAGCAGGUGGGCCUGGGCCGAUUCCCAGCAAGGCGGGGAUUUUGGUUGAGUCCGCGUACCCCCAACGAUGCUGUGUCGGUCCUGGAGGAGCCCAGAGAAAGUCAUGUCCAGCAGCAGGGAAAAAGCAACUACUUUAUAGAGCAUGCAGAUCUGGGGGCGCAUUACUAUCGUAAAUAUUUCUACAUGAAAGAACAUCAGAAUUUCUUUGGCAUGGAUGAUCGCCUCGGCCCGGUGGCCAUCAGUUUCCGCAGAGAGGAGAAAGAAGGCACAAGCGGAGCUCAGUACAAUUACAGAAUCAUCUUUCGCACCACAGAGAUGAAAACGCCACGAGGUUCCAUCUUAGAGGAAUCUGUACCCUCUGCUGCACGUCACACAACCCCACGAGGCUUGUCUCCUAAGAGGCUGCUGGAGUUCAUCAUGCCCGAUCUUAACCUGCACUGCCUCCGCUUGGCCUCUAACUCCCCCAAAGUCCGCGACACCUUGCUGAAGCUGGAUGAACAGGGGCUGAAUUUCCAGCGAAAGGUUGGUGUGAUGUACUGCCGGGCAGCACAGAGCUCCGAGGAGGACAUGUACAACAAUGAGAGCUCUGGCCCAGCAUUUGAGGAGUUUUUGGAGCUGCUUGGGGACCGCGUGAGACUGAAGGGUUGGGAGAAAUACAGAGCUCAGCUGGACAACAAAACCGACUCAACAGGGACACAUUCCCUCUACACACGCUACCAAGACUAUGAGAUAAUGUUCCACGUGUCCACUAUGCUGCCCUACACAGCCAACAACACCCAACAGUUGCUGAGGAAACGACACAUUGGCAACGACAUUGUGACCAUCGUGUUCCAGGAGCCUGGCGCAUUGCCCUUCACUCCAAAGUCUAUACGCUCCCACUUCCAGCACGUCUUCAUCAUCGUUCAGGUUCAUGAGCCCUGCACCGACAACACCUAUUACAGGGUGGCUGUGACACGCUCUAAAGACAUGCCAUUAUUCGGCCCGCUGUUUCCUAAGGGUGCUCGCUUCCCUCGCUCGCCUGCUUUCAGAGACUUCCUCCUGGCCAAGGCAGUAAAUGCAGAGAAUGCAGCAGAGAAGUCUGAGAAGUUUCGCUCCAUGGCCACCCGCACGCGACAGGAGUACCUAAAAGACCUGGCGGAAAACUAUGUGACCACGACGCCCAUCGAUUCCUCUACCAAGUUCCCGCUGCUCUCCCUGGGAGGCAAGCGCAAAGACAAGCUGAAGGGCGCCAAAGGGGCAGAACUGCACAGCGCUGGAGCGCUGGUGUGGGCUGUGAUGGUCGACAGCGCGGAUGAAAGCGAGGGAGAACACAAACUGCCCUGUCUGCUGGGCGUCUCGGCCGAGUCAGUGGUGCUCAUAGAGAGGUACACGCGCAGGGUGGUGUUUAAUUGCUCCUGCAGGGACGUCAUUGGCUGGAAGGCGGUGACGGAAACGAAAGAAGGGGGCCCCUGCUUGGACAUUUUCUAUGAGCGUGGCGAGUCGGUGUCGAUUAGUGUGAUGGAGAGCCAGGCUGAGGAUUUGAAAGAAGUGGUGCAGAGGCUUGAGUUGGUUACCCGGGGGUGCGAGGCUCUGGAGGUCACCCCCCUACGUGACGGCGUGGGUCAACCCGGCUUUCUGAUGAACGAAGAGGGCUUUGUGACGGAGCUGCAGCGAUUCUGUUAUGCAGAGAGCGGCGGCCUACAGCUGUGGGCUCGCGUGGUGCGCCUGUGUGGACAUUCCCUGGUGCACCUCAGCACAGAGGAGAGGACCCGGCUGCUCCGCACGGCACACAAGAUCCACAUCACUGUCAUCCCACCGGACGAGAACGGCAAGCCACGCAGGAGCUUUUCUGAACUUUACCAGAAAGCAAUCAAGGAUGCAGAGUGUAAGCCGGGUGAGGAUCAGUCCAGUGAGGCCUGGGUGCUGGACGAGAGGGAGGAAGAGGAGGAGAGAGAGGUGAAGGCGGAUGGUGUCACUGAAGUGGACGUCACAGAGGUCCAGGUGGCGAGCGACGAGGCAGCCGAGCAUCGAGAGCAAAGUGAAAAGGAGGACACAGGGUCGCUCCUUGCACCGCCAAGUUUACCUUUGUUACGAGCCACUUCCCUGCAGGACCAAAGGUCUGAUCAGGACCAGGAGAGCUCACAGCUAACACGCAGCAUCUCUUUAGAAAGACACUCAUCUUACGGAGAGACCUGUGAGGGUCAUGUGUAUUGUAACGUGGGCUUGAAGGACGACCACCACAUCUAUGAGAACGUUGGAGUGCUUAGAGACGCCACACCUGAUCUAAUACUGGCAGUCAAACCCAAAGUUCCACUAGAGGACGAACAGUUCAUGGCACCCGACUUUGGAGAGGACAAAGCUUCAGCGAGUGACUCGUCCCUCUCCUCCUUACGGCUGUCGUGUCUGGACCGCGCUGAGAGGAAUUCACGAGCCUUAAGUCUUCACAACUCCAUCACCAAGAUUCUCUCCGAGACGACGGAUUCCACAGAAGAAGAGUGGCAGUCCAUCGCUGACCUGGCCACAGCUUGCCGCAGCAUCCUGGAGGCUUUGUCAUGCGAGGAUCGUAAAGCUGGAGACCAGUCGGGAACAGAUCAGACGGAUGGCAAGCUGAACACAAAGGAGAGUGACUCUCCAGGCCACCUGGAGGAUAAGGUGUCACAGCUAGAGACCAUGCUGAAGAAGCUGCAGGAUGACCUGCAAAAGGAGAAGGAGGACAAGGCGGUGCUGCAGGCCGAGGUGCAGAGCCUGCGGCAGAACAACCAGCGGCUGCAGGAGGAGUCGCAGAGCACGGUGGCGCGCCUCAUCAAAGUCACCGAGCUGCUGUGCAACGUCAACAAGCCCUGUUAACGGCCGGCCGCGCGCUCCUUCCAGCGGCAGAAUGAUGCAAAUUGUGCGCGCUGUCCUCAAACAUAUCCUCCAUAAGCAGUGAAUAAUGGGCCUGUAUGCAAGUUGACCACUUAGAACAUGAUGAUAUUCCCUUACAAGUCUGCACCUCUGGUAGAUGGAGUGCUUCUCUUGAAAUGUGUGUGUGCGUGUGUGUUAGCCGCAUGUGUGUGUGUGCAUCUCCUACUGUACUUUGCUUCAAAUACUUGAUAAGCUGGGCUGAACGGUACUUGCAUAUUAUGUGGGAGUUUAGAGAGAGUGUACACCAAAUAGCAUGUUUAUCUGAAGAAUGACCAAAAGUGUGCACAUUUAGUUUGCAGAAUCGAAUGCAUACUGAAUGCGUGUGUGUUCAUACUGUAUACCACGACUUAGAUGUGAAGUAGUGAUGCUAUGCGGAAGGUCUUAAAACAACAGAAAAUGUUAAAAAAUGUAGAAUGAAAAAAGAGGCCCUUAGGCAACAAUCUAUUUGCUUCUCAGUAGUACUCUACCCACGUUUUUAGGAAGGGAUGCUCUCAAUAAUCCCUUCAUUAACGGAAGAGGACAAGGAAAAGCUAUUCAACUGAGCCUGUGUGUGAGUGUGUGUAUACUGAAAAGGAGUUAUACCUCCCUUGAAGACACAAUGACAGGAAAGAAGCGCUUCCUUUUACAACUUUCCUCUAACCUCACUCAAUAUUGUAGCAGCCAUACUGUAGAAGUCCUCCUGCAGGCCUCAACGUGCCAAACGGCAGCUUUUUAAAGCUUUAGGUGUCCACAUGAAACACCUCAAAGUGGCAAACAAUAUCUGACUAUGUUGUACUAAAGUGUGCUUUGUGACCACUGGAGGUAAUAUGGCUUUUGAGUGAUAGCAGUGAGAGGACAUCUUCCCAUUUUGAUGUGUUUUGUGUGUGUGUGUGUGUGUGUGUGUGUGUGUGUGUGUGUGUGUGUGUGUGUGUGUGUGUGUGUGUGUGUGUGUGUGUGUGUGUGUGUGUGUGUGUGUGUGUGUGUGUGUGUGUGUGUGUGUGUGUGUGUGUGUGUGUGUGCGUGUUUGUGUGUGUAUGUGUGUGUGUGUUUAUCUUGCACUUUUCUUGGGGUCAAAUCAUUGGACAGAGGCACGUAUUGCAUUUUUAUUUAUCCUACCUUACCUCAACUUUUUUGUGCCCCUUGCUAAAGGCACCGCUUGGGGUGUGUUUAAAAAUAAAAAAAGAUGGACUGCUUCUCCUCAGUGCCAACAAACGCCCAGGCAGCUCUUCAGAGUUCCAAGACCUUCUUUAAAGUGGAUGCCCCACGUCCACUCAAGACUGUCAACGCUCUUGUUUGGUGUACAGACUUCCUCUUGUAAUGUUAUUUUAGAGUCACUGUGAAUACCUGCUACCAGCAUAUUAAGAUACAGUAUAUACAGAUGAAAUUAUCAUCUUUAUUAUCAGUAUGUGAAAAUACUCUGUACAGCUCCUGUUAUUUGGGCAGAUUGAUUAUCGAUCAGAUAUCAUCUCUGACAUGCUGAUGCCUCCAGACUGAACUUUCGAUGUGAGAAGAUCUGUUCUGCCGUGUCACAUAUUGUCGUUUAGAUUGUAGGAGGUCAAGCAUGAGAAUGUGCCAAGCAACAUCCAAACAUCCCCUAGUGCGUGUGUGUGUGUGUGUGUGCGCGCGUGUGUGUGUGUGUAACUUAUUAAUCAUGCAAAUGUGGAUUUUCUUGUAGCUGUUGGAACUGCAGAGAAGGUGUUUGGGAACAAAGGCAGGAUACUUUGUUUUAUUACAGAAAGCCAGCAGUGAUAGAAUAAUAUCUGUAUAAGGUCUUAAAACACCAUUAGGUACGCCUUAAUGAACAAGAUCCUGGCAGGACGGUCAAAGUGAGACUUCUCUUGACUUUGUGCCUACCUGAAAAUGUAAUGCCUGUUAACCCUGCUCACUUUCCUCAUAUAUGGUUGCACUGACUUGAGGUUUCCACUGGCGGAUGAACAUAUCAUCUGGUUUUGCAUCUGCUGUGUGAACAAAAUGAGAGACCUGAGUUAAUGUCGAUGAUAAUGUGUGUUGUUGUCGGUCCCAGCUGAGGCUUUACAGCGAGAAUUGUAAGUGGAUCAGUCAGACUAUUAUAUGGUUUUUAAACCUGAAUUAAAGAGGAAAAAGGGUGCUUAAUGUGACUGAUGAAUUGGAAUAACAGAACUGAAUGUCUUAAUGUCCUUUUAUUUCUCCUGAAGAAACAAAUAAUCUCAGUAUAUUUUAGUAUGUCAAGGUUAAAAAAAAUAAAGAAAGUGGGUUAAGAUGACAA